AUGGCUUCCGGCGGGCGGCCAGCGCCGGAGACGUCCGCCUCGGAGAUAAGAUCCGUCCGGCGUCCAGGUGAGAGUCCGGACGAAAGUCUGGGCGAAACAGUCCUUCGCUGUCUUCUCCCGCCGCCUCCGCGGAACGUCUCUCUCCCCGCGGCGAUACGGAGAAGUUUCCCGGAGGCUUGCCUGCGCGGAGCGGUCAGUCUCCCGGAGCCGUCGUGGACCAGACCCACGCGGGGGGCAAUGCGGCCUCGGCCCAGGGCCGCGAGGCGCGCCUGUGGCUGGGGGGCCGAAUCCAGGUACCGGUUCCCGCGGGGGCCCCUCCCGAGAGCACGUUCAUCCUCCUCACGCGCGCACGGGACGCGGCCGGGUUCCACCUGCACCCGCCAUCAGGUGGAGAUUUGCGAAGCUUUCCAGGAAGUCGUGUUGGGGCUCCUGAGAGUUGAGAACAUCUUUGACUUCUCCCAGACCACUUUUAACCUGGCUCUCACUAUCUUCAGCCGCCUCAUAGUUUCAGUAAAGAUAAAAAAGUGUUUACUCCAUUGUGUUACAAUUACUUCCUUGAGACUUGCUGCAAAAGUUAAUGAAGAAGAGGAGGUAUGCAUCCCUGGAAGCUCAUUCAGGGCUGCUUUUGAGGUAUAGGGGUGUGUAACGCUGGAAACACUCAAGUUUCCUGAAAGGUCUGUGACCUUGGGAAUGGGCAUUUUCGAAAAGUCAUACCUUCCAGGAUUUCUUCUGUCCCUUCCUUAGGCUUGUCAGACUUUGGGGCCCCACAAAUGGGUAAUUAGAAUAGCAGAAUUGUUCUGGCCCAGCAAACCCAGAGGUCUGACUUCCUAGCAGAUAUAAUCUUGCCUCAUUGGUUGAUGCCACAUGUCACCUCCCAUUAAGCAGAAGAAAAAGGCCUCCCAAACCAUAUGGCCUAAUGACCACCCCCAGAAACUACAUCUAAGAAAGCUGCUUGAGACUUAAGGACUUGGCUGUGUCAAAGAAACUGGUGUUCAGGGACUCUGGGACCCUUCUCCAAGAGGGGCAGGAGGGCCAUGUGCAGUGGGUGGAAGAGAAGCCCCCAUAAGUGCUUCAGGCUUGCUUGAACUUCUCAGUUUCACUGUGGCUUCUGUUCAGAAGAUCCUCUCCCAAUAUCCUUCCCAGACCUCCCUUCCUUCCUCCCUCCCCCCAACCUCUCCCCCUUUGGGGGAUAGUGGAACCACUGACAUUUCUACAAGGUCUCCCUUGGCUGAUCUCAGGGUCCAUGGGGGCAGAAAAAGUCACUUGUGUGUCCAGUUCCAAACCUUCAAUAAAAUUUAUUUUAACCCUGUUUAUGAUUAUAUAAUAAUAGAUGCUUUUGUCCAACUAAAAAUCAAGUAAAUAACCUUUAAAAGAAAUAUUUCUAGAGGUUAUAGUAGUAAUACUACUAUACAGUUAUAUAGUAAUACUUUAACUAAAAAAGUAGGACCAAGUCUUCAGUGCACUUGGUACUUGCAUGUUUACUCAUAGACAAGCCUUAUUAGUUUCUCUGGGGAAAAGUCAUAGUUUUUCCAGAACUGAACUGCCUUCAAUAAGGGCGGAAAGGAAUGUGUUUGCAGCUAUGGUGCUGCCAAAACCAUGGGAGGUUUUAUCAAUGAGUCUGUCUGACACAGACCAGGAAGCUCAAAGGUAUACUCCUCUCUAUGACAAGGAGUCAUGGUAGGGAUUGGGAACAGGGAAUGGGUAGAGCCCACAGCUGGAAAGCUUUGAGUGCAUUGUUACAGCUGAAUGGGGGAGACAGCACAGCCCCAGCCUCCAAAGCACCUUCAGGUAUGAGCUGGAGUGCAGUUGGGGAUCAAGACCUGUUGGCAGCAGGUGACCAUGUGACAUUCACUACAUAUUGUCACAAUACCUGGGGACUUGACAGAUAGCCAAGAUCUGGUUUGGUUUUCCUUUCAGAAGCAUUUUCUGUGGUGGGUCAGUGGAAGACAACUCUACUAGGGUCAUGGAUGCCCAGUCCCCAGGGAUAAGAAAACAAAAGCUACCAUGACAUGGUGUAGGGCUUUGGCCUCUUUAUUUUCUUUUUACAGUUAAUUCCACGCAUAAAAGACUUCAUAAAGCACUAUGGCUCUGGCUAUUCCCCGAAUGAGCUGCUGAGGAUGGAGCUGGCUAUUUUGGACAAACUUCACUGGGAUCUCUACAGUGGGACACCGCUGGACUUCUUGACCAUAGUGAGUACGA